AUGAUGGCCAGCGGUAAACCUAUCAAACUGUAUGAGCAUCUACAGCUCACCAACGUUGAAAAUACUACUAAUAUUACAAUGGAAUCUGACAAAAAUAUCGUUGUCAGAGAAAUGGUAUGGCUUUCUGAAAUGAAAUAAGUUUUUUAUCAAAUUUAUUCUAUUUUCAGAUUGGCGAUCAACAACAAGUUGUCAUCAUUGAUUUGGCUGAACCAACAAAUCAAACUCGUCACCCAAUUUCUGCUGAUUCUGUUAUCAUGCAUCCAACCGCUAAAAUUUUGGCGCUUAAAUGUAAGUUAAUUGAACUAUCGAAAAGUUUUAUUGAAGUGAAAAAUAACUGUUUUUACAGCUGGAAAAACUAUUCAAAUUUUUAAUAUCGAAUUGAAAGCAGGAAUGAAGGCCCAUCAAAAUACCGAAGAUGUUGUUUUCUGGAAAUGGAUUAACGAAACAACUAUUGCUUUGGUUUCAGACACUGCUGUUUAUCAUUGGUCGAUUGUGGGUAAGAUUUUUCUUAUAGAAGAUUCUCAACUUAAAAUCCAAUUUAAUUUUCAGGUGAUGCGGCGCCUGUGAAAAUGUUUGAUCGUCAUCUUUCACUUUCUGAAACUCAAAUUAUAAAUUAUCGAACUGAUGCUGAUUCGAAAUGGCUUGUUCUUAUUGGAAUAUCAGAAAAAGAUAAUCGAGUUGUUGGAAACAUGCAAUUGUACAAUAACAAACGAAAAGUAUCCCAAACAAUCGAUGGACAUGCCGCUUGUUUUGUUCGAUUCAAACUUGAAGGAAAUGCACAUCCAUCGAAUCUUUUCUGUUUCUCCGUCAAAAAUGAAGCCGGUGGAAAAUUGCAUAUUAUCGAAAUUGGAUCGCCAGCGGCUGGAAAUCAACCAUUCCAGAAAAAGAAUAUUGAUGUACCAUAUACGGCUGAAACUGCACAAGAUUUUCCAGUUUCGAUGCAGGUAAAUAUUGGUUUUUUCUUUUUACAAACAUUUUUUCGGCGGCUGAUUUAUAGGUAGAUGAAAUAGAUAGGAAACUAAAAGAGAAAAAGGUUUUUUCUUGUUAGCACACCUCGGCCAAAAUCGUGGUUUCCAAAAUAAAAAAUUGUACGCAAUUUUUUUUUACAAUAUGAAAACUGUGGAUUUUCCUGUUUUUGACCUCUGAAACCUCUGAAUUCGUCAGUUUUUGACCUCUAAAAACUUAAAUUCAGAUUUUUUCAAAAUUGUACUCUGGCCAGCCACGGCUUGGCGUGCUUGUUAGUCAUUCAAUCGUUUGGGAUUUGAUUACAAUGGGGUUGAUGAAGAAUGACAAUACGCAUUUUUGAACGGAUAAGCGUAUUUCAUAAGAAAAACCUAAAAGUUUAAUAAUUUUCCAUAAAAAUUUUGCCUUGAAUUUAUCAGCUAUUCAUCGAAAAACAGCUUUUUUUUUUGAAAAUUUCCAUAUAGAAAUAUUGGCUUUUUUAGAAAAUUAAGUCAGAGUUCCACCCCAUUACCAAUUACUUAUUUAAAAAUCUAUUAUUGCAGGUUUCUUCUAAACAAGGAGUAAUUUAUGUGCUAUCAAAACAUGGAUAUCUACAUUUGCAUGAUAUUGAAUCUGGAAAUCACAUUUAUUCGAAUCGUAUAUCAACAGACCCUGUUUUUGUCACCUGCGAAUUAUCCAACACUGGUGGAAUUAUGGGAAUUAACAGAAAAGGACAAGUUCUAUCGGUUUCGAUCGAUGAAACAAAUUUGGUGCCAUUUGUUACAAAUUCUUUGCAAAAUCCUGAUUUGGCGCUCGAAUUGGCUGUUCGUUGCGAUUUACCGGGAGCCGAAGACUGUGGUUUCACUGCCAACGUCCAAGAUCCAGAUAUUCAGCAACAAUUGUCGCGUCAAGCCGCACGCCGAACCGAAAGUCGUACAAAACCUUUCAAAAUAAUACUUGUCGGUUUUGUUGCAUUUUUCGAAUAUCUUUUCAACCUUGGACUGUUUAUGCUCGGUGUUUUUAAUGAUGGUUGGUAAAUUUUUUCAUGGGAAAUGAAACAAAUGAUACAAAUAUUCCACCUAAAUAAACAAUAUGUCACGCAUACAGGGUGACAACAAAUUAUAGCGACAAAAGUUUACACUGAUCUGACAGUAAUCACGGAACGAUUUUUUAUGAUUUCAUUGCUCAACUUUUCUCAAAAACCAUCAUUUUAUAUCACCUAAUCAGUAUACUUACUUGUUUUUGAUUAUGAACACAAAAAUUUUCACAAAGUUGGAAAGCGAUCGUUUUAAAAAUUUCUCUUUUUUACGAUUUUUUAAAUUUUCGAUAUUUUAAGGGCUAAUUUUUUGAGCUCUGAACGUAAUAUUCUACAACUAUAAUUUUUAUUUUAGAUAAAGUAAGUAUUGAGGAGGAUUCAACACAAAUAUUAUAACAGGUAUCCGACUUUUGAACUUUUUUGGAUGUGGUUAUUUGGAACCACCACUUGCGAGUAUCACAAUUUCAUUUUUCGAACAAAUUGAAAUAUUGAGAUAAAAUUCCAAGAUUUAUAAAAAUGCAUGAAUGGAAAUUGUCUCAAUAUCAUCGAACAUUGUUGAAAAAAAUUUUGAGCAUGAAUCCUCAUCAUUAAUUAGAGUUAUUAACGGAUUAUCAGAGUCAACUGAUGAAUUUGAAGAAAUUAUGAUUUUUAAAAAAGUUGCAUUUCUUUCAAAAUUUCUGUUUGAAAAUCAUAUCUCUGGGACAGUUUGAAGCAGUAACAUCGUUUAAAAAAUAUUAUUGGGAGAAUUUUUAAUUUUGACUGGAUUUGAAAAUUCACAAAAUUCUAAAAAUUCAUGAUAAUUGAACCCCGGUGAAUUACUCAUUUGAACAUUAGAAAUUAUUAUAACUGUGAAACAGUGUGUAUUAUGAUCCAGAAAAACUAUUUUGAGCAAGAAAUAUGAAAUUUAUCAGCCAGGGAAAAUUUUUGCUGUACAAAGUGUCUAGCGAGUACGGAAAUAUUUUUCGAAACUCUUCAAAGGUCAGGAAAAAUAUCGGGAACCUUCCGAGAACUCUUGAUAUUUUUUCUGUGUGGUCCUGAAUAGUCAGAAUAGUCCCAAAAAAAAUUUCAUAGAGAUCGGUUAAGUACCACGGUCGCCAGAGUUAGUUUAAUUUGUCGCUAUAAUUUGUUGUCACCCUGUAUAAAAAACUUCUAGCUGGAAAUUUUGAUCCAUAAAAUUGAACUAAAUAAAAAAUCGAAAAUUUGGAGUGGCUCGAAAAUUAUGAUUGCUCAUUUUGAUCCAUAAAAAUAGUCUAAUGAAAAAAGUUAAUAUUUCUACUGAACAAAAACAAUAAUUUUCCAGCUCUUUGGACAGUUGGCUGGCUACUUGCACUAAUUAUGAUCACUCCAGUUGUGUCUCAAAUUUUCUCGCCUUUUAUGACUUCGCAAAUCAAUCAGUUUUCUUCUCAUUCUUUAGCACCUGUAUUUCCACCAAUUUCGCAUCCAGAAAGAAGAGAAGUUCAGAAAUACUCGCCGGAAUGUUAUUUAUGUAUGGGGCAAGUUAGCGAUAUCGGAUUGGUUAGUUUUAAAAAAUUAUUUUGAUAUUAUUGUAACGAAAAAAAUUAGCAGCUGUAAAAAAAGUCCAGGAAUUAUAUUUUUAAAUCCAAUCAACUCUUUGAGCACGACCCGGUCUAUAUUUUGAAUCAGAAAGUGCCUACUUAGAUUUUUUUUAGAAAUUAUAUGAGUCCAAAAAUAGAGCCAAUCUCUCUAAUGUUUGGAAAAGCGAAUCAAAACAUGAAACUUUUUUAAUCAUAAAUUUAUUUUUAAGCAAGGUCUAAACAUAUAAGUCCUAAACAAUUUUUUGAAAGGCUAAUUAUAGUCGCAUAAAAUGGUUUGGACAAUUUGCAGACCAUCUUUUUCCCAAAGAAUCACGGACUCUUUUUUCCUCUUUUGACUGCUGGCUGCUGAAAAAUGUACACAAAAUGAAAAAAAAAUUUCAGACUAUCGAGUAUGGUACAAACAUGUUUCAUACAAGGACUGCCAUUUAUUGUGAUCAGUUAAUAGAGAAGGAAAGCUUGAAAUGUGCGAACUCAGCAAUUGCCAUUAAAAAUGUCACUUUACUGAUCAAGGAUAUAUUUUUUCCGCAAUUUCAAACACUUGUCAAAAGCAAUAUCAUUUGCAAGAUAGCUGGAAAGUGUCCAUAUUCGUGAGUUUUUUUUAUUAAUCGAAGUUCAAAAACCUGGGAUUUUAAGGUUUAAAUAAUUUAAAGGCGUCCUCGCGCGGUUCAAACAUAACUUUUUUGGAGGGAAAUUUCUUCUGUUUUCUUGAUUAUGAGACCUUGCUUCCAAAGUAAAAAUUGUCCACUAACAUUUAACAGUAAAAACUGUGUAUUUUUCUGUUUUUGAUCUCUGAAAACCGAGUAUUUUUCAAAUCUGGCACACAUUCUGAAUUAUGUUCCUUAUGAUAUUUAAAGUUUUUAAGUAGAUUAAAAAGGUUAAAUAUAAAAGUGAUUUCCAGCUGAUAUUAUGACUUUGUAAUUAAAAAAAGGAAUUUUUAUUUAUGAAUAAUAAAAAUGUAUCAAUUAUUUCCAGUUUUUUAUGAGUUUAGAGAGAAAUGUUGCCGAAAUUAUGCUUUGUUCAUUAAUUAACUACCGAUCCAUAUUUUUUAAAAACAUUUUGUUAAAGUUUUCAAUGACAACGAUUGAGUAAAAAAUAUUUUUGCGGUUUUGUGGAUCAUAAAAUAUGCAUUUUGAGUACAGCGAGUAAAAACUUUGCGAGUGAAAUGUCUUAAAUUUCUUCUCAUAAUAUUAUUAUAUUGCAGCCCAGAUAUCAGAAAUGUCUUCCAAGGCAAAAUGUUGUGUGAAAAUUGCGAGUCAAAUAUCAACAAACUGAAAUUGGUAAGCGUUUAAUGUUUUUUUUAAAUUUAUGAUUUUUAUCAUUAAAAUUUUCAGCUUUCAAUGGAAUACCUGGAUGUGUUAAAAAAAAUGCAAGUCGAUUUAGGAUGCAUUGAUGAUGAGUGUUUCGAACAAUUUACCACCAUAAGAAAUAUUGGAAUAAUUGGAAUUAAUGUUGCAGAUUUUGUAGGUUUUUUCAAGUUUUUUUUCAAAUUGAAGAAAAUAACUAAUUUUGCUCAUUUCAGAAUACACAAAAUAUUUGUCGUCAACUUUUCAAAUGUAUUAAAAAGUAA